AUGAUUUCAAUUAAUAACACAGAAAAGGUCGAUCUAGGCCCAUGUAAAGUUUGUGGAGGGCACGCACACGGUAUUCAUUUUGGCGUUUUUUCAUGUCGUGCGUGUGCUGCAUUUUUUCGUCGAUUUAUUGUUCUGAAUUUGGAAUAUGUUUGUUUGAAAGAUCCAGAGAAAUGUCAAAUAGAUAAUACACGAAGAAGUUCUUGUAGACAUUGUCGAUUUCAAAAAUGUUUGAAAGUUGGAAUGACUACUGAUAGUAAGUUUGCAGAAAAAAUAUCUUGUCAAUCACUGUAUAUUUUUCAGAUGUUCAAUUCAACCGAGAUGUUUAUUCUCAUGACACCGAACGCCGGAAAAACAAAAAGAAAGAAUCAAGUUCAACAACUACAAGCUCUACAAUUGUUAAAAUUCAAGAUAUUCCUUCUACAAGCUUGCAAAAAAUUGAAUUGAAACUACAAGAUGAUUUGUAUCACUCCGCAGUUAUUGAGGAAUGUAGAAACAUUGAUAUUCGAGCGGAAUGUGAAAACAUUUUUCAAAAGGGCUAUCCCAAUAUUUAUGAAGAUUUGGCAAAUAUGAAUAAUUUGCAAAAGGUUGCAUUUGGCCUCGAACAAUUGCGAGCUGAUCAAAAAAUGUCUGAUAUUAAUUUUGAUAAUCGAUUGAGUUAUGAUAACUUAAUUCCACAUUGGGCAAGUGUUUCCAAAAAACUUGCCAACCUCUUUAUGCAUUCAUGGGCUUUUCGAAAUAUAAAUCCGUAUGAGCAGAGGAGAAUUUUCAAGUAUAUUUGGAAAACUAUUUAUCGACUCGAAAGAUUGCAAAUGUCUGUCAAAGUUUUUGGUGAGAAAUGUAUGGAUGAAAAGGUUAGAUUUUUAUGUUUUAAGAAGUAACAUGUUUUUGAUCAUUAGGUCCUCUUUGAAAAAACAUGAAACUUUUUUUAGAAGCUCAUAAUAAAUUGUGAAAGAGCAAUUCAACUCGAUUCAUUAUUCAUAGAUAUUGAUGGAAUUUCGAGAGAGAAGAAAAAAUUCACCCUGGCAGAAUAUAAAAAAUAUGCUCAUCGUCUGAUUGAUGAUGUCGCUAGACCUUUGAGCAAACUCAAUUUAUCAACAAUUGAAGUGGCUUUUUUAUUAUGUAUGUGUUGUAAUUACAAUGAACAAAAAUUUUUCGGUAAUAAUGUUGUGCCAGUUUCUGAUGUUUUCGAAGAUGAAAUCGCGAAUAAUCUUCAUGAAUACUAUGUGAGUAUUGGAAUAACUAAUUAUGCUCCAAGAGUUCAACAAAUUAUGAAAGCUGCUAUUGCAAUGAAACGUAUUCACACAGAUGAUUUUGUUGGAAAUCUUGUUGAUCCACCAGCUAUUUUUGAUGUUGAGAAAAAUUGUGCACAUCAAUAA